AUGGCUGUUUCCCUCUCUUCCUCCUUCCAUGGAAGCUGGGCCAAGUCGUUCGCCCCCUGCGAAGAGCGAGCGAUGCUCGCGGCUGCGUUCGCACCUUCGCCGAAGAUGGGGAAUGUGAAUGAAGGGAAAGGGCUGUUCGCGCCAAUCGUCAUCUUUGUCCGGAACAUCAUCGGCAGGAAGAGGUUCAAUCAGCUCAGAGGGAAAGCCAUAGCCCUCCACUCACAAGUGAUUACGGAGUUCUGCAAAACUAUAGGAGCUGAUUCGAAGCAGAGGCAAGGAUUGAUCCGCUUGGCAAAGAAGAAUGGAGAGAAGCUUGGGUUCCUCGCGUAGUAUGGAAAAGAUCGAACAAAUUCUUUCUUUGUUCUUCAGCAGAAGAGAAUGGACGAAAAGGAGCAGCAUGGAUGAAAUAAGAAUUCGUAAGGAGAUAUGUAAAGAUAUGUUUUAUGUAAAACAAACUAGUAUUUCCUGAUGGUAAUAGAGAGUUGAAGCUUUUCUUAAA